AUGUAUUCUGCUUCUGUCUCCCUUCUUUUAUUGGAGCUCUACUUUAUGAUACCCAAGGCUGUCAGGUUACAAGACGUCUGUAUCGCAGACCAGUGUCGCAAUUUGGAGUUUGAACCUGAGAAAGCAUUUGAAGGGAAACGCCUCGUAAACCACACAAUUCGCACCAUAGAAAUAACAGUUUCCAGGUUCUGUGAAAACUUGUGUUAUAUGGAGCCCGACUGCGUCAGCAUUAAUCUCUAUACACGGGCAGAUGGAAAUGGAAACUAUAAAUGUGAACUGAACAAUGCUACUCAUGAAGGACACCAAGAAAGGUUGAUAGACCAAGAGAUGUAUUCUUAUCGCGCAGCUGAGAGCAAUUGUGUUCAAAAUCCAUGUAAGAACAAUGCUACUUGCCAAAGCGGAUUUACUAAGAAAGGUUAUCGGUGUCUUUGUACCGCUGGAUUUGAGGGUCCAAUUUGCGAAAGAGACAUAAACGAAUGUGUUCGUGGGCUACACAAAUGCAGCUCUAAUGCGUUUUGCAACGAUACGAAAGGGUCAUACAAUUGCACAUGCAAACAUGGAUUCACGGGAAAUGGACAAGAAUGUAAAGACAUCGAUGAGUGUGUCGGAAGGUCACACUCUUGCAGCCCUGAUGCCUAUUGCAACAAUACCAAAGGGUCUUACAACUGUACAUGUAAACCUGGAUUCACUGGAAAUGGACGAGAAUGUAAAGGAGCUUCCUCGUGUAAAGAAAUUCAUUACUUAUCCAAUGUGAGUGGGGUGGUUACCCUUCUUGUUGAUUCCCAACCAUUGUCCGUUUUCUGUCACAUGGGAAAUUUCGGGUGUGGAGAUGGAGGAUGGACACCAGUUAUGAAGAUUGACGGCAUAAAGACCACCUUUCAUUAUUAUGCACAUUAUUGGAGUAAUUACGAUGAAUUCAACCCUCCCGGUGGAGAGACUGGGUUUGACGAACAAGAAUCAAAGUUACCCACCUACUGGAACACAUCCUUCUCCAAGAUCUGUCUUGGAAUGAAGAUCAACCAACAGCUCAGAUUUAUUGUUAUCAACAGGCUGGCUGACUCUCUGCACUCGAUAAUUGCUGAUGGCCAAUACCGAAACACAUCGCUGGGUCUUGACGAGUGGGAAAAGUUGAUUGGCAGCAACGCCUCUUUACAGUACAACUGUAACAAGGAAGGAUUCAAUGCCUUUAGUGGUAAAAGUAAUCAUUCUAAAGUCAGAAUUGGUAUUGUUAGCAAUGACCAGAACGACUGCCACUCGUGCAACUCUUUGAUUGGAUUUGGAACAGGAAGUCACCCUAAUGACGCAAAAUCUUGUGGAAACGAGGCACGCAAAGGACACAAGAGUAUAAAAGCCAUGGGGUACAUAUUGGUGCAAUAAAACUAUCCUUUGUUGUUUUAAGUCCGUAAACCACGCUUGUUUCACCUUGGAGAAAUCUUAUUGUGACAAAACAGUCUAGGGAAACGGACGUGAAAAAGCCCUAAAUAUAUAGUAACUACACAUUUAAACUCUUAAAGAGAUAUGUAGAUAUCCCCAAAUCUCUUAUACUUCAAUAUACAAGGAUAUUUAAGACGUUUUUUAAUGAAAUAUUAACGACCUCAGCUAUAUCAAACAAAGUUUUGAAAUAUUUCCGAAAAAUAAAAUAAAAAAUUCUGAUUAAUUGCCACUUGGCUUUUAUGCAACAGAAACAGCAGUGUUAGGUCCCUCGAAAGCCAUCGUUCUUGUUCACCUCAAAACUUCAUUGUUUUAGACUAGAAAUGGCUAAAACGAUUCGAAUAUUCAUCGGCAUUGAUAGAUCAUCGAGCUCAAAAUUUUCUAGCAGUGACAAUAUCUUGCUCUUAAAGCAUGGAACAGUUAAAUUCCACCUCUUUGAAUACUGAACUGAUUGAUCUUGUGUACUUUUGUAGCUGGUUAAAGAGUGGAAAACCUUAAAAUAGACUCGGAUUCUAUUGGUUACAGGUUGAUGUUUUAGUACAUGUAGUGCCCGUUUUUUUAGCGUAAUUUGCUAAAAAUAGUUAGAGCGUAGUAGUUAAUUCACAGUUUCAUUAAAC